AUGUCUGGCGGUGCUGAGCCUGGGGAUGCGGAGACUGCGGGUGCUGAGCCUGGGGGUGCAGAGACUGCGGGUGCUGAGCCUGGGGGUGCUGUCCCUGGGGGUGCUGAGUCUGGAGGUCCUAAACCUGGGGGUACUGCGCCUGGGGGCGCUCUCUCUUCCUCGCAGCUGCGUGAGUGGUACUCUCGGUAUCGUCGCCGCCUCCGUGGUGCUACUGGAGCUGGAGCUGAGGGCGCUGUGCCUACUAGAGGUGGUGUUGCUGCUGACCUUGGGGUCAGCACUGGAGGUGCUGGAGCCACUGGUCCUGGAGGUGCUCGUACUGGCGGUACUGGAGGUUCUAGGACUGGGGGUGCUGCUGGAGGUGCUGCUGGUGCUGCUGGAGGUACUGAGGCUGCUGGUGCUACUGGAGGUACUGGAGCUGCUGGUGGUGCUGCAGGAGUUGGAGCUGCUGCUGGAGGUUCUGGUGCUGUCUCUACUGUCACAGCUACCACCUGCCUCGCCACUUCCUGGUCCUUCUCCCUACACUGGUCCGACAGGCGGUCUUACAGAGCGUCGUGA